CACGGAAAACCCGUUUGAGAGCGCGACAGGGCUCCGCUUACAGCGCUAACACCGGAAUUGUGAUGCGCACGAGCCCUUCCUCCUCCUCUGCUUCUUCCUCCUCUUCUUCUUCUUUUUCUUUUUCGUCGCCGGAGAUUUUAUGGAAUUGGUGUAAUUGUUGUGAUUAUUCUCGCAGUGGCUGUCGCUGUGGCUGCUCCCGCUCCGGUCGGCUGCCAUCACCCUUAUUCACACCGCACCCGGCUGGUCUGUGGCGGCCGUGAGGGGGGAACACCACAACAACGGUCACCGGCACCGGCGGCAGACCUGCCUUACUUUCUCCCUCCCCUCCGCCUGCGUGUGUGUAUGUGUGUGUUAGAGUGUGUGCCUCCUGCCUGAAAGCGCGCGACAGAAGCAGCAAAAUAAGAAAACACGAGCCGGCAGCAGCCGCUUCCUUCAGCACAACACAAACUGAAACGCCACGAUGAGUUCAUAUUUCGUCAACUCGCUCUUCUCCAAAUAUAAAAGUGGAGACUCGUUGCGCCCAAACUACUACGAGUGCGGCUUCGCGCAGGACCUGGCCGGCAGCCGGCCCACCGUGGUGUACGGCCCCGGCUCCGGCGCCACCUUCCAGCACGCUCCGCAGAUCCAGGACUUUUACCACCACAGCGCCUCCACGCUGCCCAGCAACCCGUACCAGCAGAGCCCCUGUGCGGUCACAUGCCACGGCGAGCCGGGGAACUUCUACGGAUACGACGCCCUGCAGCGGCAGACGCUUUUCGGAGCCCAGGACGCGGAUCUGGUCCAGUACAGCGACUGUAAGCUGGGAGGCGCGCCGGGACUCGGAGGCGAAGACGCCGAAGGCACCGAGCAGAGCCCGUCGCCGACGCAGCUGUUUCCCUGGAUGAGGCCGCAAGUAGCUGCGGGCAGGAGACGCGGCCGGCAGACCUACAGCCGCUACCAGACCCUGGAGCUGGAGAAGGAGUUCCUCUUCAACCCCUACCUCACCCGCAAGCGCCGCAUCGAGGUGUCCCACGCUCUGGCCCUGACGGAGCGCCAGGUCAAGAUCUGGUUCCAGAACCGGAGGAUGAAGUGGAAGAAAGAGAACAACAAGGACAAGUUCCCCAGCAGCAAGAGCGAGCAGGAGGCGGUGGAGCGCGAGCGGCGGGAGAAGGAGCUGCGGGAGAGCGGCGGCGGAGGGAGCUCCGGGGAAGGAGGAGGUGGAGGAGGAGGAGGAGGAGGAGGUGGGGGAGGCGGAGGAGGAGGUGCAGGGGGCUCGGUGGUUGUAGCAGGCACCGCGGGGUCACAGGCCUCCGUCAACGAGGAUUGCUGCGAGAAGACCCAUAAGCAGAUCUAA